CUGAAAACUUCCUUUUGGUUACGCUGUUGUUGUUUUGUUGUUGUUGCAGCCUCAGAGCCCAACCUGAAGGUGAAGCAUAAGUUAAAGAAGCACCUGAACACCCGUAAGAGCCCGCUGACCCGCAAAGAGAGCGCGCCACCUGCCGUCAAACACCGCGUCCCUGAUACGCUGGACUCGUCCCCCAGCAGCAGCAGCACUCCAGUGUCUGGCUGCAGCUCCCCAAACGACAGUCUGCCCAACGAGAACGGAGUGCUGCCCGCCACCGCCAGCCUGUCCCAUGAGGCUCAGAGGCUGCUGUUGCAGGACGGCUCUUUAACUCACUUCACAGUGCAGAAUCCCUCCGGUCUCCCCACCAUCACGCUCGGCCUCCCCGCCAACACCAAGGCAAAUUCGUCCCCCAGCAGCAGUAGCACUCCAGUGUCCGGCUGCAGCUCUCCAAACGACAGUCUGCCCAAUGAGAACGGAGUGCUGCCCGCCACCGCCAGCCUGUCCCAUGAGGUAACAGUCCACCCCUCAGCCCAGUCUCGAAGGUUUCCAGGUCUGGGUCCGAUUCCCCUGCGGUUCAGCGCGUCUGGUCCUCAUAAGCCGCUGAGCCGGACCCGCUCCGAACCGCUGCCCCAGAGCCCCCGUGCGCUCCAUCCUCACCUGCUCCAGCAGCAGCAGCACAGCGCGCAGCUCCUGGAGAGACUCAAGCAGCAGACUCACCUGGGCAAGCUCAUGUCGAAGUCCAGCGAGAAGCCUCGUCUCCGGCAGAUCCCGUCAGAGGACAUGGACUCCGAGGAGGUGGGGCCGUCAGUGGGCGACGCCCAUCAGGCCAGGGUGAGGGCGGAGUCUCAGAGAGAGCUGGAGAAUCAAGAGGAGCAGCUCAACCUGCAACACGCCCUCAUUCUCAACCAGUCACGCCUGUGGGAAACGCAAAAGCAACUCCAGCACCUGCGCAGACAGACGGCUCACAUGGAGACACUGGCGGUACCCAUGAUGCUCGGCGCCGCACACCGGCCGCUCUCUCGUACGCAGUCGUCUCCAGCCUCCACCUCGCUGACGCUGCCGGACAAAGCCUUGCCUCUCAGCACGGCACCGGAGCCGCCCCAGAGCCAGCCGCGCUUCACCACGGGUCUGGUGUAUGACUCCCAAAUGCUGAAGCACCAGUGUGCGUGUGGAGACAACAGCAGCCACCCAGAGCAUGCUGGGAGAAUCCAGAGCAUCUGGUCGCGCUUGCAGGAGAGGGGCCUCAGGGGCCAGUGUGAGAGUAUUCGGGGAAGGAAGGCCACUCUAGAGGAGUUACAGUCUGUCCACACCGAGCGUCACGUUCUGCUGUACGGCACCAAUCCACUCAACCGCCUCAAACUGGACAAUCGCAAGCUGGCCGGCAUACUGUCACAGCGGAUGUUCGUCAUGCUGCCCUGUGGGGGAGUCGGGGUGGACAAUGACACCAUCUGGAACGAGAUGCACACGUCCACAGCGUCCCGCCUGGCAGCCGGGAGUGUGACAGAGCUGGCCUUCAGAGUGGCUAAAGGAGAGCUUAAGAACGGCUUUGCUGUGGUUAGGCCACCAGGACAUCACGCAGACCCGUCAAACCCCAUGGGUUUUUGUUUUUUCAACUCGGUGGCGAUUGCUGCUAAGCAGCUCCAGCAGAAGCUCAGCGCCAGUAAAAUCCUCAUCGUUGAUUGGGAUGUUCAUCAUGGCAACGGCACCCAGGAAAUCUUCUACAACGACCCCAGCGUCCUCUACAUCUCUCUCCAUCGCUAUGAUAAUGGAAACUUCUUCCCCGGGAGUGGUGGAGCAGCAGAGGUGGGUUCUGGUGCCGGUGAGGGCUUCAAUGUUAAUGUGGCGUGGACCGGUGGUCUUGAACCUCCCAUGGGCGAUGCUGAGUACCUGGCUGCCUUCAGGACGGUGGUGAUGCCCAUUGCUCAGGAGUUUUCCCCAGACGUCGUGUUGGUCUCUUCAGGGUUUGACGCUGCAGAAGGACACCCUGCUCCUUUGGGAGGAUACAAAGUCACAGCUAAAUGUUUCGGCUUCUUGACUCGGCAGUUGAUGGCGUUAGCAGGAGGACGCGUGGUUCUAGCAUUAGAGGGAGGUCACGACCUCACAGCCAUAUGUGAUGCUUCUGAGGCCUGUGUCAGCGCUCUGCUGGGACUGGAGGAGCUUCUUCCUGAGUCGACUCUCCUCCAGACGCCCAGUGCCAACGCAGUGCUUUCGCUCCAGAGAGUGCUACAAAUACAGAGUCAGUAUUGGUCGUCACUGAAGCCGUUGAUGGGCACAGUGGGGAUGUCGUUUCUGGGUGCCCAGAGGAAAGACUGUGAGGAAACGGACACAGUGAAUGCGAUGGCAUCCCUCUCCGUGGGGGUCUUGACCAACAAAAGUCUUGCUGAUGAACCCAUGGAGCACGACGAAGACUCCCUUUAAACCAGGUCUUUACACGUCUGAAACUGUCCAGCAUCAAAUGGAGCUCCACACCAUGUGAACGAGCCGUGCCUCAGGGGGCGUGACUUCCUCAUCAUGGCCCCUCCCCCAAGACACCACCUCAACACUGACCACCAGCGCAGCGCGGCUAAGCUAACAACCCGCAGCCACAGUUCUGCCGGGGCUCUGGGAUCCACGUCAUCUUCUCCAUUCACGUACCACACAAACAAACACACUAGGACGCAUGAGUGUGUUUUUAACAUUCACUAAAAGAAUGCGCCGAAGGACUCCAGUCGCUCAGAUAUUCACCUCCGGUGCCUCAAAAGAGACUAUUUACUUUAGCUGGAGAUGCGAAAGCAGAGUUGCAGGAACGGUUGAGGAUUAUUGAACCUUUUUUAAAGGCAGCCCACUUGGACUGUGCUGGGAGAAAAUGAGGGGUUUCCUUGCACCUGGCAACCACAAAGUGGCUUCACUCUAUGAUGUCAUUACUAUUAACCAAUUUAACCACUAAAGAAGAAGAAAAAGAAGAAAACGAUCUCGACAACUGUGGGUUUUAUCAAUCGUAUUUUUUUUUUUUUUUGCACUGUGCAUUCCAUAAUGUGAACCGUGAAAUUUUCCAAACCUCUGGGAAAAGAAAGAUCUAAUUCUCUAUCUAGUUUUACGCUUAACGUUCUUUUUUUUUUCCCAAAGUGAAGCAAAAAACAGUUGCAUUCUUGUCAAGUUCAGUUACAUUCUACCUGCAUUCCCAGCAUGAAGGCUGUAAACUUGAAUACUUCGAAAUACUUAUUUUGUGUAUCUGAUUUAACGCCUCAUGUUUUUAAAGGCCAGAGGGACAAGCCAGCUAUGAGCAAGUUUAUUGCACACACCCACCCACCCCAAAAAACACACAUAUAUGCCCAUAUUUCUGUGCACACAUCGCAUCCUUAUGACCACUGUACAGUUAAUAUUGUGGACACAGGAAGUGCUUAAGCUUUCCCUAGACUAACUGUAACGCAAAGUAGCUCAGUCUCUUUUUAGACCAAACUAAUUUGAAUAUGAUGUCUAUAUGUGUGUGUGCGUGUGUAUCUAUCAAUCAUAUCUUUUAUCUGUUCUGUACUCACAAUCAAACCUCGACUGACCACAAGCAAAAGCGCAAAACGACAUUUGAAUGGGCUCUCGCGGCCACUUUAAUAGCAGCGUGUGAAAUUCUUUUAUAACACAAUUGUCUGUCGUUUUCACGGAUCUUUGUUGUUUUGGACGAGGGAAAUUACCAGCCUGUUAACCUGUGGAGAAGACAUGUCUCAAGUUGGUGCGCAGUUAAUGAUUUUCUUUCAUUGCUGCGCACUUACUGGCGUUUUUUUUUAAUUUUUUUACGAGGGAUGCAUUGUUUUUGGAUGGCGUUCUGUUUUCCACAGCCUGCACAUAGAUGUCUAAUUCACACCAGUUGUGUGGAUGAAGUUUAUGGUGAUAUUAAAUAUGUCUCUCAGCCACUGGGAUUCACAUUUACGCCAUCAUCAAUAAACCGAAAUUAAUAUCACACCAAAACGGACAGACCUCGUUAAAUACUGUGCCACUCAUCAGCAUGUUCGGUUUCAAAAACCGUAUCAUUUCUAAACCAAAACCUGUCUAGUUGCGUAAUCCUGAUGGGCCAAACAGCCAAAAAUAAUGCGCUGGAAAUAAUGCUGUACCACAUGCUGGAUGGUCACCGGUCGGGACAUUACAUUUCACUAGUAGCACAGUUCAUGGUGCUUGUUUGACUUUUGCGUUGUGCUUUUGGCUUAAUGAACGCCCCGACGGCUCGCUUUCGCGUGUUACUCUGCACAACCCUUUACCUCUGCAUUCACAACCAAAUUCACACAUUAACAUGCUUUCCUGCGUUCACUACAAGAAACAAUCGUGACCUGGCAAAUUGCUGUUAUUGCGAACAUGUGGAAUAAAAAUAGAGGCAUUCCUUGUGUGAUUUUUCUGUAAUGCUGCAGAUACAAGUGCCCAGCACCUGCCCGACCAACAAGUCUUUAAUUCAUCCCUUUCUUGCCUUGUACCAAACCACUGUGGCUAGUUCUACGUUUGUAUGAUUCCAUGUAAAUAGCACCAUCCAUUUAUCGACGUUUUGUGAGGUUUCAUGAAGACCCUGGGUAGCCUUUGCCCAUCAGACCCCCGUGAAGACCAUUGUAAAAUAGAGCAGAUGCAGACGUUCACUCAUUAAUGAAGUCAUAGCUAAUCGCUCAGAACUAGCGGCGGUCUUGCUGCGUAUUUAUAGUACUUCAAACAGUGCACUUGCAUUUCACCAUCAACAAAACAUGCCUGUUCAUCUUCAGACAAAUUGAAAACGACUUGGUUAGCGACAAAUCGACAGCACUUAGUGACAGUUUCGUUGGGACUGUUGCUAAAUACAGAUUUUUGACAUUCCGUUGCAGUUUGGACACUGAUGUGCAUCUUCCAUACAGUUCUAUUUUAGUGGUGUAUUUUUACAAUAGCUUUGUGCAUUUGUACUGUUUUGAUAUACCUCUCAAAGCACUUGUAUUCUCUCGUCUCUCCGAACUCUUUAUGAAGUAAAACGGGGAGCGUGUGCUGUCGUCAUAGCUCGUGUAAAAGCAAACCAGCGUCGUCUUAAUUCUUCUGUCAUUUAUUCCCUUUUGCCUUCUUGUAUGGACAAUGUAAAUAGUUUCCUACGACCAAAAGACUUCACCUACGUGCCUUGAAGUACUUUACCUGUCGACCCCACUAACUGGAUCUGUUUAACAAAGCAUAACAGAAAUGCCAUUUUCCAAUCGUCCUUGUUUAUUUCCCGUUUCUUUCAUUUCUCUGUGUAUAGAAAAGAAUGUCUAUUUUGUACUGUUUCUAUCUUCCUAAUUAAAAAGAAAAGCAUUUUUUUGUUUGCCUGAAUUUCA